CGGGCAAUAAAUGUGACAUUAACUUUGGACUUUGAAUGAAUACUUUGACACGUAUCCCUUUUAUAAAAGAGCGAACUCCAUAGUGUUUGCGUUAGUGCGGACUAUGUCUCUGGACGAGAAAUUCAAAUCUGCCUGCGAGAAAAUGAGGGCGUUUUCAAAACGACCCCCAGAUUCAGAUAUCUUGGAAGUUUAUUCCUUCUACAAACAGGCGACGCUCGGAGAUAUUAACAUUCCGAAGCCGUCGGAUAUACAAGGGCGAGCAAAAUGGGAGGCCUGGAAUGGUAAAAAAGGACUUGCUGCGGAUUUGGCUAAGCAAAAGUACAUCGAAAAAGUGCAAGGUUUGUCUGGAACUUAUGCCUGAACAAGAAGAUGAACACAUGGCAACACCGACGUGCUUUGAAAAAUAGAUUAGGUUGCAUACACUCUAGUAUUUCGUAAUUUAAUAAAAGUUGUUGGAAACUGG